AUUACUCCCCAUUUUUCUCAAGAUACAAGCAACUGUGCCACAUGUGUUGUGACUUACUUUACAGCAAUGGAGAUUAGGUUUAUUUUUGCUCAUCGGGUAGCCAAAUCGCAUACGCAUUGUCCACGUUCUGCCUGCACGUUGGUGGAGUUGACCUACUGUCAGAGAUGCGCAUCCUCUCACUCUGUGUUGCUCUCGUGAAGAAGCAGUGUAUGUUGUGGAUGAGCGACGAUUUACAGUAGCCUACCUCUGUUUUCUCCCAGGGAAUACAACUCUUCCACUGCUAACCAACCCUGGAAAACCUAGAGCUUAUUAAGUUUAUUUUGUUUGACUGAACCCGCGUAAGGAAAGAAAAAGAACAGUUUUUACACAGCACUUUCAGCUCUGUGUGGAUGGGCAAUGCGUCUGUACCCCCCACCCCCCCUUGUGUGUGAGGCUGCUGGCUGCGUUCUAAAGGCACUGUACCAUGACGCUUAUGUAGAACUUGGUUACCAAGGCAACAAACAACAUCAGAACAGAACGGUCAGAUUAGGCGAUGAAGAAGAAGAGGGAAACAUAUCUCUGUCUUAAAGCAUAACAGAUAAGUCAGGAGCAAGAACGCAAGGUGAAGAGGUGUCUCCUCUUUCCAUCCUGUCAACAGCAGAUCAAAAAGGGUAGGAGCUGCCAUGCCAUUUGGCUGUCUGACACCUGGGGAGAAGAAGGAUUAUAACAAUCCCUCAGAGGUCACCGAUAAAUAUGACCUUGGACAAAUUGUGAAAUCGGAGGAGUUCUGUGAGAUCUUCAGAGCGAAGGACAAAAACACACUCAAAAUGUUCACCUGUAAAAAGUUUCUGAAAAAGGAUGGGAGGAAAGUGAGAAAAGCUGCCAAGAAUGAGAUCCUGAUCUUGAAAAUGGUGAAACAUCAUAACAUCCUUCAGUUGGUUGAUGUCUUUGAAACUAGGAAGGAGUACUUCCUGUUCCUGGAACUAGCUACAGGCCGAGAGGUUUUUGAUUGGAUUUUAGACCAAGGCUACUACUCAGAAAGGGACACCAGCAAUGUUGUCAGACAGGUGUUGGAGGCCGUGGCCUAUCUGCAUUCCCAGAGAAUCGUCCACAGGAACCUCAAGCUGGAAAACUUGGUUUACUUCAACCGCCUGAAACACUCAAAAAUAGUGAUAAGCGACUUCCACCUUGCCAAGCUGGAGAACGGACUCAUUAAGGACCCCUGUGGAACCCCAGAGUACCUUGCUCCUGAAGUGGUGGGACGUCAGAGGUAUGGAAGGCCAGUGGAUUGCUGGGCUAUCGGGGUCAUCAUGUAUAUUCUUCUGUCAGGAAAUCCCCCUUUUUACGAUGAUAUGGAAGAUGACGACUAUGAUAAUCACGACAAAAACCUUUUCCGCAAAAUUCUGUCAGGGGAUUAUGAGUUUGACUCACCAUACUGGGAUGAUAUCUCAGACUCAGCAAAAAGCCUGGUGGCAGGUCUAAUGGAAGUGGAGCAGGAUCAAAGACUGACUGCACAGGAAGCCAUCAACCAUGAAUGGAUUUCUGGAAAUGCAGCCUCCAAUAAGAAUAUCAGAGAUGGAGUGUGUGGACAGAUAGAGAAGAACUUUGCUAAAGCCAAGUGGAAGAAAGCCGUACGGGUCACAACCAUGAUGAAGAGGCUUCGUGCUCCAGAACAGAGUGACUCAUUGGCUUCCAGCCCAGUUCCAGGGGCCUCCACUGGCCCUUUUACCCCCAGCAUUACGCCAGUGCCCCCAGCUGAUGCUUCUGAAGUUACUGCUGCAAGUACAGAGGCCUUGGUCAUGCUCCAGGUUCCUGACUCACAGAGCGCACCUGGCACCAUCGUUCCCGAUUCCCCCGCGCAUUCCCAGCCCAACUUGGCUGCUGAGGAGCCAGAGGCAGAGCCCCUGGAGCGAUGUAACGGAGACUCGGCAGGAGCUUUCCAAACACCCCCACAAACACAGGAGGAUCAGAAUGGCUAGACAGACAUGCACGCACAUGCACGCACAUGCACACGCACGCGCAAACACACCCUGUGAAUACGCCGCUGGCAUGAUGAUACGCAAUCUGCUUAACGCCCCACCCUCCAUUUUGCAGCGUUAUUGCAGCAUCACCUCCUAGGGUAUAUAUGUUCUAUCUUUAGCCGUUGGUCUGCAUCCUGUGAUCGUUCCUGUGGUCUGUCCACUUUUCGCAUUGCUUCUUCUCGCGCGCAUAUGCGGCCUUUCCUCUCCAGUUUGGUGGACACUCAUCAUUUUAAAAAAUUGUUCAAAGAAUGCAAUUGCAAGAAAAACAUGCCACUAUUUUGGUUUUUAAGUGAAUCUCAGUCUCACACUCUCUUCACUUUUCAUUUUAUAUCUACAUUUGAUCGAUUGUCAUCUGAAUUCUGUUUUUACUGAAUUUCUUAGACAUCUACGUGUUUGUAAUGGCUCGUGUCCUUGGUUCCAUUUCCUGGAGGGUAACGUUAUGGUCCAUAUCUUAUUGCUGCUGUACCAUACCCAAUACGUUAGUGGGAAAUUAUCAUUAAGAGCAGCAAAUAGCUUCUUAUAUUUUGUUUUUAUACCUUGUAGAGGGAGGAAUAAGAGAAAAUAUCUGCUCAAUUAUUGGUCCAACUCAAAUACUGUAUUGGCCUUGGACAUUUAGCAAAUAAGCAGCUCAUGAUGUAAUUAGUUUAAGAUAGUGUCAAGCCUAAAAAAGUGUGUGUUAUUUAUAUUUUAAGCAUCUUUUCGCUGAGCUGAAAGGCUGCCGAAGUGUUAUGUAAAUCUACUAAAUAAGCAAUAUUCUUAUUGCUGUACUAAACUGUGACACUUUUCUGAAAUCAUGUAAUUGUGACUGAUCAGUUGGAUUGCUUUUGCAUAUAUGACCAGACAAUUUCAUCUCAUUGAUUUUCUAAUUAAACAUUCAUCAGUUAUUCUCAAAUUAAGAGCUAUGGGAUCAUAUUUGUAACAGUCAGAUCCUACCCUUUCAUAUUCUAGAUUUAACAGUCAGAUCCUACCAUUUUCAUAUUCUAGAUUUAACAGUCAGAUCCUACCAUUUUCAUAUUCUAGGUUUAACAGUCAGAUCCUACCAUUUUCAUGUUCUAGAUUUAACAGUCAUAUCUUACCGUUUUCAUGUUCUAUAUAUAAGAGUUAUAUCCUAAAUGUUUUCAUAUUAUAGAUGUAAUAGUCAGACCCUACUCUUCUCUUAUUCUAGAUGUAACAAUCAGAGCCUGUCUUUCAUAUUCAAUUUUUUGCCCUUUUUAUCUUUGCCCAUAAAUAUCUGUAAAACUGAAAAUAUUUUCUUAAUUCACUUUGUCUGACUAAUAUUGUGGGAGCCAUCAAGUGUGACAAAACAAAGCAAUGAUUUUAUCAAUCCUCAUAUUUAAACAUAUUCUUUUAAGUAAAUGUAUGAUUAAUUAUUUGAAAGUAUGCUAUUAUGUAUUUAUUUAGCUAAUGUAUAUGUAAAUUUUAUUGUGUUAUAAAUCAUGUCCAUCAUGCAUAGUCUCUG